UCUCCUCUGCACCCACUCGCACAGCAGUUGCACUUGAACGCAGCGCGCCUCUGCUCUCAGUCCGGACCGCACGUCUGCUGCAGGGCUAAAACAAGUUGAGCGCCUGCGGCGAGAAGAGCACUUCUCUUCUCCGGAUCCAUGUGGCACUUUCAUGCGCGCCAUCUCUCAAGCGGUGCAUGUAGAGGAUACAGCAGGGAAGCUCCUGGAUGUUUUUACCCAAGUCCACAAUGCUCAGACUGGAGAUGCUCGUUUACACUUUUUCUGCGCUGUGCAUCGCAGCCAAAGCAGAAUUGAAAGCACGGAAUUGCAGCGAGACGAGGGAGGCUUGUGUAGCCAGGGGCUUCAGCUUCACGCAUGUUCCACUCCAGGAGAUUCCAGGCGAACAUCUGCGAGUGUGUCCAAAAGGCAACACAUGCUGUAGCCAAGAAAUGGAGGAUGCCUUCGGCCAGCGGAGCAAACAGGAGUUUGGUGAUCUAGUGGAUGAGAUGAGUCAUACUUUGAGGAGCAUGUUAGUAUCCAGACAUCAGAAGUUUGAUGAAUUCUUCUUGGAGCUUCUGGAGAACACCGAGAGGUCCUUGAACGAGAUGUUCAAGCGGACAUACGGCAAGCCUUAUAUGCAGAACGCCGAGGUUUUCGAGAAUCUCUUCGCCGAGCUCAAGCGCUACUACACGGGGGGCAACGUCAACCUGGAGGAAAUGCUCAACGACUUUUGGUCGCGGCUGCUGGAGCGCAUGUUCACGCUGCUCAACUCCCAGUACGUCAUCACUGAAGACUACCUGGAGUGCGUCAGCAAGUACACGGAUCAGCUCAAGCCCUUCGGAGACGUGCCCAGAAAGCUGAAAGCUCAGGUCACCCGUGCGUUCAUCGCUGCUCGCACUUUCGUCCAAGGACUCUCCGUCGGCCGCGAGGUGGCUCAGAGAGUCUCUAAGGUAAGCAGCACUCCGGCAUGCAUGCGAGCGCUGACCAAGAUGUCGUACUGCCCCUUUUGUCAAGGCAUGCCGGCCGUUAAGCCCUGCAAGAACUACUGCCUCAAUGUCAUUAAAGGCUGUCUGGCCAAUCAAGCCGACCUGGACCCCGAGUGGAACCAUUACAUCGACGCCAUGCUGCUCGUGGCUCUGCGACUGGAGGGACCUUUCAACAUCGAAUCCGUCAUGGACCCCAUUGACGUCAAGAUCUCGGAUGCCAUCAUGAAUAUGCAAGACAACAGCGCCCAGGUCUCCUAUAAGGCUUUUCAAGGUUGCGGUCAGCCAAAACCCGCAGGAAUGACUAGGUCUGCCCGUGGCGUUUCGGAUGUGUUCAACGCCCGCUUCAGGCCAUACAACCCAGACGAGCGUCCCACCACGGCAGCUGGCACCAGCCUAGACAGACUGAGGAUUAUUUGGAAAACCAUGCAACACAGCGUUGUUGACAUAAAAGAGAAACUCAAGCAGUCAAAGAGAUUUUGGUCCAAUCUGCCUGAGGAGAUGUGUGUGGAUACCAGACUGGCUGCUGGGAAUGCAACUGAUGACCAGUGCUGGAAUGGAUACACCAAGGGGAGUUAUUUCCCAGAAGUGGUAUUGGAUGGACUGACUAAUCAGUUGAACAACCCUGAGGUCAAUGUGGACAUCACCCGUCCAGACACUUUGAUUCGUCAGCAGAUCAUGGCUCUCCGGGUGAUGACCAACAAGCUGAAAAAUGCCUAUAAUGGCAACGAUAUCUACUUUCAGGACUCAAGUGAUGAGGCCAGCGGCUCAGGCAGUGGAAGUGGCUGCACAGAGGCCUGCUCCACAGAGGCGGAUGUGGCGCCUCCCGAGGCCCCGGGCGUGGAAGCCGACCGGAGAGGUCCAGUGGAAAGCUCUUCUUCAUCCCGUCUGCCCCCCAUGGGCCUCUUAACCACACUGGCCCUCUCGGCUUUGGUACUCCAAAUACAUUGGAGAUAAUGCAGGAGAAAACAGGCGGGGAUCAUCUUUGCCAGACAGUAUUCAGGCUGAAGAAAUCAAGUCAGUCAUGCAUCGAUAUUGCCACUUUGCCAAAGAAUGCACAUCCGUUGACUUGAUAGGUCACUACAUCGUUCCUCUCUCCAGUGCUGAAGCCGACCCCCACAAACUCUGCUUGAGAGAUUAAAACUAUUUUUAUUAAAGGAAAAGAAAAAAAACACUAUUUGCACACAAUACCUGUAAAACAGGCAGUAAUGUCUGCCCUCAUGUGGAUGAAUUUAGCACGCACUUUGAUUGUUUGGACUUUUUGUGUUAAGGAAAAAAAUAUGUAUGUGUGUGUGUGUGUGUAAGAUUGUUUAAAAAUGUGCUUAUUGAUGACUUAAAGUGGUACAGUUAUGUUCAAUGUCACAUUUCAAUCAGAUUCAAAUGAUUUAAUGGCAGGAGUGACAGAGGUAAACAGUAUAACUUGCUACUUCAAAAUCAACAGUACUAAUCAUGGAUUGUCCUUCAUUUUAAAUCAUUAUAUAUUUUUUCAUUCAUCUAUUAUAUUCUUACAAUGAUUUCAGCUAUGUCUGAAGAGUCUGUCUUCAUGCCAUGUAGUCAUAAAAAAAGGAAAAAGGCAAAUAUUGUAUACUUUAAUUUGCCUUGCAACAGAUUAAUUAACUUUCUGCGUUUUUUUAGGUGGGGGGUCUGAGAGUAGUUAGUCUGUGCUGAUGUGCCUCCAUUGCCAUUCUGUAUUAUUUCACAAGGAUGAUUAUGUUAUGAUGAUUAUGUUGUUGGUGUCUAUCCAUUGAAAGUACAGCCAUUCUGUUCAAAAGGUCUGAAUGCUAAAAAAUAUUUGAUCACUGUUAGUGAAUCUGUACUCUUUAAAAUGCAUUUAUCCCUUUCAAAAAAAAAAAGAAA